CUUAUGGCACAAAACUAGAUAAUAGAAUUAAAUAGAUGAUUGAUAGAGAGUCAGUAAUGUCCUGCUAGGUCUACCAAAGAACAUUACAGCAUCCAACCAAUUCGUAGAGCAAUACAAUCAAAAGAGAUCUAAUUGUUUCAUGAUAAACAUGGUACUAAGAAUGAGAUCCAUCCCACUGAGAAUGAACAGCUGUUUCUUAUUGACAGUGUACUCGUGGAUCGCGUUAAGCACAUGUCACGUGGUUGACAGAUUCAGCGUCGGUCAAAACGAGUCUUUUACUGUGAGAUGCACCAUACAGAAGUUUCGAACAGAAGACUAUCCCGAAUCCCCCUAUGUUGUGACGUUGGCCGCUGAGAGGAGACCCACAGGGGAAGAGAACUUUCAACUCAUGGCCAAGUAUUCUCCGUUCGCUCCCCUGGAAGAGUACAGGAAAGUCACGAACUUACCAUCUAAACGCAAUUGGAACUUUCAAUUUCUAAAUGGCGACUCAUUCGAUAACAGAGACAAAAUCAGGAUAGUCAUCGUGGUCAAUGAUGGGAACUACAAAGACGCUGGUCUGUACAGGUGCUACUACAUCGAUCCCCUUAACAGGAAAAUAUACAGCGACAAUUUUUUUCUGAGAGCUUAUGCUCAGGGUCGAAUUGUAAACACGGGAAGCUUUGGACCGGGCGACUCUUUCAUCGUACAGUGUGACAGGAACAAGUUCCAGAGACCAGGUCUUCCAAAGUCACCACGUAUCAAUGAGUUGAUAGUCGAACGAAAGAUUGAGGGGGCAGAUGCUUACACCACCAUGGCUCGAUUUCGACCUUUUCUAGACAAGAUCGUUGAUAGAAGAGUAACGAACAUUCCCGAUGGACGCCACUGGGAGAUCCAUUUUGUGAUUGGGGACACGGCAGACAUGUACGAUUUCUCCAUUACAAUCUACGUGCCGGACUUCAGAGAAGCGGACGCUGGUCGAUACAGAUGCUCUUACGUUGAUGAAUAUAAGGAUCAGAAAUAUUCUGACCCCUUCACGCUUACACUCAAACCUAAAAACGAUACUAAAAUACUUAAUAAAGAAAGUAUCGAUCCAACCAAUGAUACUUUUACUGUCACGUGUGACAUCAAACGAUUCAGCCCAGACGACUAUCCGGCAACAAAAAUUCUCUAUUCAAUGUCCGUGGACAGGAAGCCUGUAGGAGAAGAUGCAUUCACCUCCAUGGCCAAAUUUGAACCAUUGACUAAGAAAAAAACGACAAAUACACCAACUGGUCGACAUUGGGACAUACAAUUCUUCGAUGGCGACGCCAGCAACAACAGAGACCUCCUGAAGGUGGUUGUGGUAGUGAAAGACGCCAGUGUCAAAGACGUGGGUCUGUAUAGGUGCGUUUACAUGGACCAAUAUGAGCGGCAUUUCUCCGAUCGUGUGUACCUCCCAACUAACGAUAUAGUGGAAAAUCAAAUAGUGAACAAAAACAGCGUGGCCCAGAACGACACACUGAUAAUCGUCUGCGACGUCAAGAAGUUUAAGGCCCAGGACUAUCCGAACUUUCCGUAUAUCAAUUGGCUGACCAUUGAGUGGAUGCCGGCAGGGACAAACGACUUCGUGACAAUGUCCACCUUCUCUCCCUUUGCUUAUACGGACGUAUACAGAACAUCCUCAAAUAUACCUGGCGGGCGGCGUUGGAUUGUAGACUUUAUAGGUGCCGAUACAGACAACAAUAGGGAUACUAUUAAAAUUGUGCUGGUCAUGAUGGACGCGAGCUACAGAGAUUCUGGUUCUUAUAGGUGCCACUUUAAGGACUACAUGUUUAAAUAUUACUCAGAGGCUCAACUUAUUUUACCAGAACCUAACCCUCCGUCUAUAAACAUCAGCCUUGUCAAGCCAAACGACGUGUUCGUGGUUCGCUGUGACGUUACCAAGUCCAAUCAGACGGACCUCAGCAAGGGGAAUCCACUGGCUGGCCUCACACUGCAGAGAAGGUUGGAAUGGGAUUCAAAAUACUAUACACUGGCGAUGUAUGAUCCUUUUAAAGUUGGACAAAAUCGGACAAGAGUAUUUACACCCGUGGGGCGUGAGUGGAAAGUUUGGAUGACAGGUGCGGACAGUGGUCUAACUCUAUCUCUUAGCCUGACUUUCCCAGACGGUGGUUGCACGGACGCUGGCGAUUACAGGUGUAUGUUUGAUAUAGGCCCAGAUAACGACAGAGUUAACGCCUACUCCAAACCUUUCCGUCUUAAGAGUGAAGGCGGUUUUUACCUCUACCAAAUCACCACUGACCCUGGUAUUCACAUCGGGUUGACCUCAGAUCAAGAAGAAGGAACCGAGUUAACUUUAGGCUGUUCAUAUCAGGGUUCGUCCACGCUUAGGGCCGUAUGGACUACGCUCGGACCUGGGAAACUUGGAACCAUAACAGAAACGGAGCCGAUAGGAUGGUACGACGCCCAUAACUGUUUGAAGACCUUCUAUGACUCCCUGAUGACCUACACCGUGUCACGCGAGAAUGACGGGACGACUUUCAUCUGCUCUGUUUACAACGGCACCCAGCUGUUACAAGCAGCCAAUCUGACAGUGACUAUAAAGAAAAAAGCAAGAAGUAUGUUUAAUUCAGGGGGUUCAAGUCAAGACCCGAGGACCAGUUUCUUUUUUGCUACGAUGUACAUGUUUUUAGUAUUAAUAUAAUAAAAUAUAUAUUUGUUACUAAGCAGUAUACAUUUGAAUAAGGUUAUAUAUGUAUUAUAAGUUUUUAGUAUAUUUCGUGAGAAAGAACGAGAGAAAAGGCCCAAAAUAGAUACAAU